AUGGCUGAAGCUCUAAUCUGGAUUCUUCUUGUGGGUCUCUUGGCAGGGCUGGGGGACGCCGAGGCCCAGCAGACCACCCUACAGCCUCUUGUGGGCCGCGUCUUUGUGCACGCCCUGGACCGGGAAACCGUCCUGCGUCGUCCCGAGCAUGUCGAUGUGCCCCCCACCACCCCUAUCACCUACCACGCCCACCUCCAGGGACACCCAGACCUGCCUCGGUGGCUCCGCUACACCCAGCGCAGCCCCCACCAGCCUGGCUUCCUCUACGGCGCCCCCACCCCCGAAGAUCGUGGGCUCCAGGUCAUCGAGGUCACAGCCUACAAUCGGGACAGCUUUGACACCACCCGGCAGACGCUGGUGCUGUUGAUUGGCGACCCAGAAGGCCCCCUGCUUCCAUACCAAGCUGAAUUCCUGGUGUGCAGCCAUGAUGUGGAGGAGGUGCUGCCCUCAACCCCUGCCAGUCGCUUCCUCACAGCCUUGGGGGGGCUCUGGGAGCCGGGAGAGCUCCAGCUACUCAACAUUACCUCCGCCUUGGACCGUGGGGGCCGCGUCCCCCUUCCCAUUGAGGGUCGCAAGGAAGGGGUUUACAUCAAGGUGGGCUCUGCCUCACCCUUCUCCACCUGCCUGAAGAUGGUGGCAUCUCCCGACAGCCAUGCUCGCUGUGCCCAGGGUCAGCCUCCACUUCUGUCCUGCUAUGACACCUUGGCACCUCACUUCCGCGUUGACUGGUGCAAUGUGUCCCUGGUGGAUAAGUCAGUGCCAGAGCCCGCAGAUGAGGUGCCCACCCCAGGCGAUGGGAUCCUGGAGCAUGACCCGUUCUUCCGCCCACCUACUGAGGCCACGGCCCGAGACUUCCUCACCGACGCGCUGGUCACCCUCCUGGUGCCCCUGCUGGUGGCUCUCCUGCUCACUCUGGGGCUGGCCUACGUCAUGUGCUGCCGGCGGGAAGGACGGCUGAAGAGAGACCUGGCCACCUCGGACAUCCAGAUGGUCCACCAUUGCACCAUCCGCGGGAACACAGAGGAGCUGCGGCAGAUGGCAUCCAGCCGGGAGGUGCCCCGGCCGCUGUCCACGCUGCCCAUGUUCAACGUGCGCACAGGCGAGCGGCUGCCUCCACAAGUGGACAGCACCCAGGUGCCCCUCAUCCUGGACCAGCACUGA